GGGUCGAUCAUGUCCAUACCAUUAACUGUUUACAAGUUAAUUACGACAAAACCCAGACGCAUGGCGAUGUACAUUGAAGACUUUAUGGGGAUGGUCUUCACAGUAAGUAAACAAUCGACCUUGCGCGUCACAUCGAUAACGCCCCCUCAGGCAGGAAAGCGACCAAUUAAAUCUGACCCACGCCUGUCUAUCAUCAGAUACAGGAUGCUUGGCUUAGUCAUGAAUGAACGGAAUGUCGGAUAUGAGGAAACGUUUGCUGAACACGGUAGAGAGCUGUGUAGACGACAGUCUGUCCGGUCUUGUCUCCGUCAAUCCGGGUCUCCGGCUCCUUCGGGGCCACAGUCGCGUGAUUGUGAGAUCGGACAUCCUAGAAGUCAUCCGGGCAGGCAAGGUCACCAUCCUGACAGGUGGAGGAUCUGGCCAUGAACCAAGCAGAUCUGGUUAUGUAGGCCCUGGGAUGGCCAGUGCCGCGGUCAGCGGGGCGAUCUUCACCUCUCCACCACCCGGUGAUAUCCUGGCCGCUCUCCGCGCCAUAGGUAGAGGCAACAAGGCUGGUGUAUUAGUGACGUUCAACAACUACACAGGUGACAGACUUACGUUUGGGCAGGCCAUGGAGAGAGCCCAGAAAGAAGGGAUCAAGCUAGACGUCUACAUUAACUCGGAUGACUGCGCUGUUCAGACCUCGGAUAAAACAGCAGGAAGGCGAGGUUUGGUCGGUGGAAUUUUAGCCCUAAAGAUCGCUGGAGCAAUGGCGGAAGAGGGAAAGUCACUACCGGAAAUAAAGGAAGUGCUAAAUUUCGUCUUCAAAAACAUGGGAACCAUCGGCCUCUGUCUGAUACCCGGAAGUGUGCCCGGAUCUGGACCCAUGUUUCAGCUCGAAGACGACGAAAUGGAAUUAGGAUUGGGGCUUCACGGGGAAUCCGGUGUGAUGACGAUGAAGAUCAUGCCCGCACGAGAACAACGAAUCCACAUUUAUGCAGGAAUAUCGCACAUAGAGAAAAUCCAGAACAGUGACCACUGUGUGAUAUUUGAGGUGGCACAUUUAAUAUUCGAGUCCGUAAAGGCUUGUUGUGAGACUCUUAUCUCCGUGGAGGACAUUCUAAAUCAGCUGGAUACCGAGUGUGGUGACGGGGAUUGUGGACACACCUUCAAGGUGGGAGCUACAGCCAUUCUGUCUGAACUGAAUACAGAAGAAAUUCCCGGGUUACCGAUCGACUGUCCGUAUAGAUUGGCUCACAAUCUGGCCUCCCUUGUGGAAGAAUCUAUGGGAGGCUCAACUGGAGCGCUGUACGGCCUGUUUAUGACUGCCGCUUCAGGGGCGUUGAAAACGUCAGUGACGCCAGUCGCUUGGUGUGAAGCGUUACGCUGUGGGACAGAUUCUGUCAUGAGACACGGGGGAGCCAAACCAGGGUAUAGAACAAUGUUGGAUGCUCUCUGUCCAGCGGUGGAAGCCUUCGCUUUGGGUUUGGAAACACUCCCCGGUAUAGACGCCUUUGAAAAAGCUGUUCUUGCUGCCGAGAAUGGGGCUCGGUGCACGGCAGGGAUGAAGGCCCAGGCUGGUCGUGCUAGUUACGUUGCGGCUUCAAGUCUGGAGAAACCAGACCCUGGAGCCACGGCUGUAGGGGUGUGGAUGCGGGCCAUUUUACAGGUGCUUACAGCAUCACAAGCCUUACUUACCAGUCCGUAUUUACCUGAAGUAGUGUACGGCCAGUUCUGAGAACUCUAAUACCCAAAUAUGGCCAUCAUCUACAUGGAGAAUUCUGUUGUCAAACACCGCACGUACUACGUGAGAACAUGUCAAAUUUCGGGGCGAUUUCUCAUCCUUGAUGUUCAUGGAGUCUACCAGAAAAGUGGAACAUUGAAGAACACAGCUUAUGUCAUAUACUUUAAUGGACGAGACUGGGAACACCGCAGCAGGAUGAUGCAAAAGAAUAUGGUAUAUGCGGACAAUUCGGAGACCGCCACAAUUCAGCAUUGAAACAUGCGAACUUAUCAAAUUAUGAUGCUGUUGAACACUAACCUUCCGUGAAGUGGCGAGCAGAUGACUGUAGCACUCAAAGAAUUAAAAUCUGGUGAACAGAUAUGUGAAUUAAAUUUCCCACCCUUGCGUGGAAGGAGCGUAUAGACUGUUUUCAAACGCUUCUUAAAAAGAUAAUUGCGUGUAUGUUAAUCGUUGUCAAUAAAAUUGUGCAGGAAAUGAAGGUUCAAUAGCUUCCGCCUGGAUCUGCUUAGCCCUGAGUAAGUUCUUACACACGUCGGCUAUUGUGUAAUUAUCUGAUUAUUGCUUAACGCCAUACUGAAGAAUUUUCCCUUAUACAAUGGCAGGAAAUUUUUGGGGGGCGGAUGAAACCGGAGAUAGGACGCAAACUAGAAACCAGUGAGCUCUGCAAGUUAGUGAUGAGAUUUCCCACAUGUUGGCUACACUUUCACCCUGGUAGACGAUGGUCUUGCCAUGACAAAUUCUACCUCCAUGACCGACUGAUUGGGGUUGGCAUUAAAUUUCUGAACUGAGCACAUUUAUGUUAUUCCCACUAGUUUUCAUCUGAAUGGAAACAAAACAGUAAACAAGGAGACAAAGAAAAAUUAUGGAAAGUCUAAAUACUAAAUAGUGCAUUUAUCUCAAAACGUAAUUUAAGUUCUUAAGUGGGUAAUGCUGAAAUGCCGACGAAAGUUAGCAUACAUACAAGAUAAAUACACAUAAAGAUUAGAAACACACGUACAGAUACUGGCUAAGUAACUACGUAUGUUGUAUCUUUAGUUAACCAACUAUUAAAGAAUACAUAAAAAGUUACUUUACAACGAAGAGUAUGGUUUUAAAGAAAAUGAAGAAAGAUAUGGCAAAAACAUGAGGAAAAAAAUCAUCUUUGAGGGCAUAUUUUAUAUUUCUGAAUAACCCCUCUGUUUUAUGUACAUUUCACUUGAGUAGUCGAAAUUUUAGAAAAUGAUGUCCUCAGUGUUUGACAGCUAUCACAGCUGACGACACCAGUGCAGGCUACUUAAUUUCUGGACUGACUGCUUGUGCCUUAGAAAACCAUGGUUUAGCUAUUGCAUGUCCCCACGGAGAUAGCUGAGAGCUUUUUUCCACACUUUUAUAUGUUUUAGGCCACAUCUUAUGCUCCACAUUAAGAAGUAAAAACCAUGCGUUGCAUGUAUUUAUUACAUAGAUUUACACCUAAAUAACUUAUUUUGAUAAAUUCAUGUCAACAUUAAAUUGACGUCGUCUUGCAUGAAGGAGAAUUAACAUCACACAAAAUCAUUCAUUAAACAGAUAAAGCAACCAGCAGCGGUUGUGGGCAAUCAUUUAGACUUUAGUAUUGCAACUUCAUAACCUCUAAAGUAAAACACCAAGUACCUCCCCUCUGGUAAUUUACAAUCAUCCAGUAUAAAUGAACAUGGUUUCAAACAUGAAAUACAUGUAAUAUAUUAGUGGACAACUUCUUUACAUCAAAAUAUACAUACAGGAGAAAUCCGGUUUUCUUCAGUCAGUACGGCUUAUGUAUAUCGAAAUUUCUGCCAUAAACCAAAAAAAAAAAAAAAUUUCACUUUUUAUGGUCACAAAAAAGACCUAUUGUUGCUGACACGUCCUUUUUUCAGUAGCACAUCAUACUAAAUUCCAAGCAACCUCAAGGCACCUUUUCAAGGCAAAUGGAACUCUCAGCACCACGAGAAAUGAGUAACUCUCUCAUGGACAAAAGUUUAGGCCGAAUGUAAUACCCACUUUUGUUAGUAAUCUGGAGUACACGUAUAUUCCUGAAGGUUAAAUAUCCCAACCAAAAAGUCUGAAGAAUACUUCAUCAAGACAUCGGUAGCUUCAACCAUAAACUCAUACCUAAUCAAUAAGUUAUGUAACAAUCAAUCAGAACUUGAUUCACCCAAUCGAAUUACCCGCCCUUAAUCCUACCUAUUUACUCCUACAAAAUCCUUCAAAAUAUUCCUGGUUAUACAAAAUGAAACACAAACUGGGUUGACGUUCCCUGGUAGAGAAAAUGCACGAAGUUUAAAAUACAUCCUAAAUAUUAAUGGGAAAAAACCUUACACAAAAAAAACUAAACCUAACAUUUAAUUCUUAAAAAAUUAAACUCUGGGAAACAACCUCAUGGGUUACAUGUACCUUGUAACCAAAAUUUAAGUAUUAUCAAAUUAUUUCAUGUUAAGGAAACAUACAUUAAUGAACGCACAAAUAUCAUAAUAAAAUUAUUUCCAAAACAUACACAUUCUGGUUAUGGAAUUAAUAAGUGCAUUAAAAGUGAACAUGGAUUAUGUGGCAAUUGGAGUAUUUACUAGACUGAGGUUUAGCGUGUCAAGACCACUAUGUGUUAAUGCAUUUCUACAUUACUUCAGUCAAUCUGGAUAGUAUUAUUUAAAAAGAAAGAGGGGUCCUCCGUGGCUCAGUCGGUUAGCGCGCUACCACAGUGUAAUGACCCAGGAGUCUCUCACCAAUGUGGUCGUUGUGAGUUCAAGUCCAACUCGUGCUGGCUUCCUCUCCAGCCGUACGUGGGAAGGUCUGGCAUCAACCUGCGAAUGGUCGUGG